UCGGGGCAGAAGGAUUUGGAGAAGCAGCCGGAGGACCUCGACCCCAAUAAGGGCAAGGAUCCAACAAUGGAUGUGGACCCGGUGAAGAUGCAGGGGGAAAAAGGGAACGAGGGAGAGGAGAACAGUACGCCUAUGGAUUAAGAUAUUUUGAAUGCAGGCAGAGAGAAGAGGAAGAGAGACGAGGAUCCACCUGAGAUGGAGGAGAUAUCAGAUGAGGAAGAAGAAGACGCAGGGAUCAGAGAUGAAGAGGAGAAAAUGAAAGCAGGGAUCGAAGAUGAAGAAGAUGUGGAAUAUAGUCCGGAGAGCGAAAUGGGGGAAAAUGAGGAGGAAGGAAGUGAGGACAAAGGAGAAAAAGUUGGGUCGGCCUCCCUCCCUGAUCCCGUAAAAUUCUACGUCAACGAUGUGUUUAACACGCAGACGCCAGUCGCUACCACCAAGGGGGAUUCGGAUCUCCUCGUAGAGAAAAUCCCAAUGAAAAGAGUACUGACUCCCGCAAUCAUGGAACCUGAAACCUCCUCAAAAGAGGAUUUUAAGGAUUGCAGGGAAGCCAUCACCACGUCAGAGCACGAGUGGGUCCACUUCCCAAUGGGAAUUUGCAAUGCACCGGCUACUUUUCAGAGAGCGAUGAAUGUCACGUUUCAGAAUUUCGGCAACAAGACCAGAUUGACUCAAGGCAUGAUUAAUUCCUGCGCCAUUGCGUACAUGGAUGACAUCCUGGUCUCCUCGGAAUCAUUCCACGAGCAUGCACAACAUCUCGAGUGGACACUUGGGGCGUUGCCGGAUGCUGGCUUCAAGAUUGCAUUGGAAAAAAAUGAGUUUUUUUUUUCCGGAAAUCUCGUUCCUGUGGUACGUGGUGACCCGGGGAGGCUUACGACCGGAUUCGAGAAAGUUCGCGGCCGUUUGGAAUGCCCCUACGCCUACAACAUUGACGCAGAUCAUUUAUCUAAAUGGAUCGAGGCGUAUCCUUGCAAGACGCGACAGGCGGCGGAGAUCGCGCGAUAUGUCAACCAUUUUCUCGGAAUGCAUCAGGACAAAGAGGAGAUUCUAAUGGAUAACGAGGCAGAAUUCAGAGGGGAACUCCUGAGGACACUGGUCCUACAUGGUGUCUCUAUCCGGAAUACUUCCCCCGUCAAACUGGGGCUCCCCUUCAACAUCAUGCGCAACAAGUAUUUCUUGCGCAUGAUAGAGAAGGUCCGCGACGCGGAGCGGUCCUUCAUCCCCACAAAAUAUGACACACAGCGAACGAAGAGGUUGGACAUGUCUCGGUCGUGGGUCGAGGAGGGGGUUUUGCGGCAGCAGAGAAGUUGGGCUCGAACCGGAUGCAUGCUCCAGCUUGAUGGCUGGACUGACAUAAGAGGGAGACCGCACUUGAAUGUCAUGGUCUCCUUUCCGACCCGUGUGCUUUUUUGGAAGUCGCAUUGCGUGUCAAGCAAGGAGAAGGGAGCAGCAACGUACUUCGAUAUCUUAUAUGAGUCGAUUCACGAGGUUGGCGAGAAGAGUGUUGUUGGAGUGAUUAUGGACAACGUUGCUGUGUGCGCGAGAGCUGGCAGAUUUGUGAAUGAUACAUACCCGCUAACCUUCCAUGUGCCAUGCGCUGCGCAGUGCCUCAACUUAAUGUUGCAUGAUAUUGGGAAGAUAGAGUGGGUGGCUGAAACGGUGACGAAGGCGAACGACAUGGUGAAGUUCGUCAUGAACCACCAACGAGUCAGGGAUGUUUACUACAUCCAUGCAGGUGGACGGCAGUUACUGCGACCCGCGGCAACGCCAAUUCACACCAAAGAGCGCAAUGGCUUGGCCCCCGAGACAAUGCACAAGCUGGUGUACAGCAAGUGGAACAUGCAGCUACUUGACAUGCUGCUAGAGAGGGCCAAAGACCUUAUUGAAUGGGAUGACCCACCGAUAGAGGAGGAGCAAAAGGAGGCCAAAGAAAGAGUGAAGGUGGCUGAGCGGCGAUUGAAGAGUCUUACCUCAGCUGGUGACAAUGUUGUUCCACCAACUGAUGACGGGAAUGAUGAAGAUGGGGAUGAAGCUGUUGUUCCCUGCCGUGAAGAAUGCAACCUGGAGGAGAUUGAGGAGGGUCAGCACGGGGACUGAUGUGGAUUGACGAAGGCAGGCAACUUCCUAUCUAAACGUUCCCAAAGAGAUGUGCGAAGAAAGGCACGCACCUUGGGAACAG